ACAAAUAAAUAUAGAGGAAAGAAAAAGAAGAAGUAAACGGCGCGUACCGAAAUCCCCCACGCCGCGCCGCCGAAUUCGCCGCCGCCGGUUAAACCCGAUCGAUCGAGCCAGCCGGCCGAGGGACCGAGGAUCCGGAGAUGGUGAGCGCCUUCUUCCUCUUCUGCGGCUGCGUGGAGCAGGCGAACGUGGCGGUCGUCGAGAAGUGGGGCCGCUUCCUCCGCCUCGCCGAGCCGGGGCUCCACUUCUUCAACCCCUGCGCCGGCGAGUUCGUCGCCGGAACGCUCUCCACCCGCGUCCAGUCCCUCGACGUCCGCGUCGAGACCAAGACCAAGGAUAAUGUAUUUGUUCAUCUGAUAUGUACAAUUCAGUACCGGGUUGUUAAGGAGAACGCGGAUGAUGCAUACUACGAGUUGCAGAAUCCCCAGCAGCAAAUUCAGUCCUACGUCUUUGAUGUGGUUCGAGCCAUAGUUCCAAGAAUGGAGCUUGACAAUUUGUUUGAGCAAAAGAAUGAUGUGGCAAAAGCUGUACUUGAGGAGCUUGAAAAGGUGAUGUCGGAUUAUGGUUACAGCAUUGAGCACAUUCUCCUGGUUGAUAUCAUCCCUGAUGCUGCUGUCCGCAAAGCAAUGAAUGAUAUAAAUGCAGCCCAACGGCUCCAACUGGCAAGUGUCUACAAAGGAGAAGCGGAGAAGAUCCAUCUGGUGAAGAAAGCUGAAGGGGAAUCCGAAGCCAAGUACCUCUCUGGCGUCGGCAUCGCGAAACAGCGCCAGGCGAUCACGGAUGGCCUCAGGGAGAACAUCCUCAACUUCUCGCACAGUGUGUCGGGCACCACCGCAAAGGAGGUGAUGGACCUCAUCAUGGUCACCCAGUACUUUGACACUAUCAAGGAGCUUGGGGACAACUCGAAGAACACCACGGUGUUCAUACCCCAUGGCCCAGGCCACGUCAAGGACAUUGGCGACCAGAUCCGGAAUGGCGUGAUGGAGGCGUCGUGCAGCAACGUGUAAAUUUGACCGCUUGUCCUUACACGGUUGGAUAGUUUUUCUCUGAUAUUUGAUCUGUUUAUAAUAGUUAGUAGUGUUCUUUUUAUUAGUAUGUGUAAUAAUGCGGGUGCUGGGACUUGGUUUUGCAUCUGAAGUUGUAUGCGUUCUUAAGAGAUUGUCGAAUUUCGAUGUAUAAUCAUUUGAGCCAAAACAUUUUGCGAUAGAA